CAAAAGGGAGCGGAGAUCCCGGAGCAGAGACCCCCCAAACGUCCCCUUCUCCAGCCCCCAGGCUUUGCAGUGAUGACCGGGAAAACUGCACCUCGAGCCACGAAGCCGGCUCCGAAGAAGGACACAGCCCCAGCCCCAAAGCAAGAACCAGCCCCAAAGCAAGAACCAGCCCCAGCCCCAAAGGAAGAACCAGCCCCAAAGGAAGAACCAGCCCCAGCCCCAAAGGAAGAACCAGCCCCAGCCUCUGAAGACCCCUCAGCCCCUGAGCAUCCCCCUGCCACGGAGCACCCCGCAGCCCCUGCCGAUGAACCUGCUCCUGUCCCUACAGCAGAAGCAGCUCCAGCCCCUGAAGAAGGCUCCCCAAGUGCUGCAGCUGAACCCCAAGCCCCUGAACCUGAGAAAUCAAAGGGAGCGCCCCCCAGCUCCCCCUUGGCCUUGGCUGUGGAAGAAGUGAGUGAAAACUCCAUAACGCUGACCUGGAAGGCCCCGGAGCAGACGGGCCGGUCACACCUGGAUGGAUACGUGGUGGAGAUCUGCAAAGAUGGAAGUACGGACUGGACAGCUGUGAACCAGGAGCCUUUCCUUUCCACCCGGUACACGGUCCAGGACCUCGGCUCCGGUGACAAGAUCCAUGUACGGGUGAAGGCUGUCAGCGCCUGCGGUGCCAGUGUCCCAGCUACUCUGGAGCAGCCAGUCCUCAUCAGAGAGAUCCUCCAGCUCCCGAAGAUCCGCAUGCCCCGUCACCUGCGGGAGACCUACGUCAGGCAUGUUGGGGAUGCUGUGAACAUGAUGAUCCCUUUCCAGGGAAAACCACAGCCUGAGGUGAUCUGGACCAAGGGCGGGCAGCCCCUGGACACCAGCCGCAUCGCCAUACGCAACACAGAGAAGGACACCAUCUUCUACAUCCGCGAGGCGCAGCGUGGGGAUUCGGGCAAGUACGAGCUCACCGUGCGGAUAAACGGAGCGGAGGACAAGGCCAUCCUGGACAUCCGAGUGAUCGAGCUGCCGGGCCCCCCCCAGAACCUCAAGCUGGUGGAUGUGUGGGGCUUUAACGUGGCCCUGGAGUGGGCCCCCCCAGCGGACAACGGCAACUCGGAGAUCAAGGGCUACAUAGUGCAGAAAUCAGACAAGAAGAGCGGGAAGUGGUUCACGGCGCUGGAGCGCUGCACCCGCACGAGCUGCACCAUCUCCGACCUCAUCAUCGGCAACACCUACAGCUUCCGCGUGUUCGCCGAGAACGCCUGCGGGCUGAGCGAGAAGGCGGCCGUCACCACCGCCGUGGCCGACAUCAAGAAGACAAAAACUGCUUACCAGUCAGAGAAGAUCCCCCAACGGGACAUGAUGGAGCCUCCAAAGUUCACCCAGCCCCUGACAGACCGAACCACGACCCGGGGCUACAACACACAUCUCAUCUGCUGUGUCCGGGGCUUCCCCCAGCCCAAAAUCAUCUGGAUGAAAAAUCAGAUGGAGAUACGGGAAGACCCCAAAUACAUAGCGAUGAUUGAGCAGGGCGUCUGCUCCCUGGAGAUCCGCAAGCCCAGCCCCUUCGAUGGGGGCAUCUACACCUGCAAAGCUGUAAACGCCCUGGGGGAAGCCUCAGUAGACUGCAAACUGGAUGUGAAAAUGCCCCAGUGAGGACAGAUAGGAGGGCAAGAUGAAGAGCAAGCGGUGCCUUCACAGGACUCGGAUCUUGUUCCUUUACCCCAGGUGGAUGCUGGAGCUGCUCUGCGGUAGCGUGGUGCAUGGUGAUGCUCCUCUGCUGGCCUGCCCCAUCCCUGGCUGUGCUCUGGGGGAUCCUGCACUGGCAUGGUCCUCUCUCAAUGUGUCCUUAGCUGUGACAAUAAAACAAGCCCAUCUGAGGGACUUGGGUCCUAAUAAGGAAACCCAGA